AGGUAAAUGUGUUGAUAUAGCGAAAAUUAUAUGGAGGAUAGGUAUGAGUCUUUCCGGUUGAUGAUAAAUUUUUAAUAGUGCAGUGUGCAGUUUGCGCGCGACGAAGUGGAGGUCGGGGUUGUGAUGCCGAGUGGUGGGGAUCAAAGUAUUUAGUUCGUGAUUUUUGUUAUUAAUCGAAGUCGAAGAAAUGUAACAAGAAUUCUCAACUCGGUAGCAUUUUUGAUAAUCUUGAUGUGACUACAGACGUUUUGUGCUGGUAUUCUCGCGAAUUUUUGAUUAAAAAAAUGAGACCGAGCGGUUUUGGAAGAUACCCAAACCACAACCAGCCAAAUAAUAGACUCCCUUUGCUGGAAAGACCAUACUGGCAGUGGCCAAAUUGGGGGAGGGUACCAAAUAUCUCGCCAAAUAUGGACGAUCGAAGAAACGAAGUUCAAGACGAUAUGCACAGAAAACCAGAAAGGAAUGAUCAAAAUUGGCGAGCAAGGGGUUGGAAAGAGUCUUAUUGUCGGUGGUACAAUAGGAAGGGGUAUCAUCUUGAUGAUGUUUGGAGAGAAAACUACGACGAUGAUGAUGGGGAUGAUGAUAAUAAAAAUAAUAAUAUACGGUGUUACCCCAACCAACAAUGUACAUUUUAUAACAGAAACCCGUAUGGAUCAUAUUCACAUAAUAACUCAUCUUACCAAAAUUACAUGUGGACUUACGGCACCCACCAAUUAAGACCUGAAUUAUAUAGAAACUCUUCCAGUAGAAGUAGGGGAAACAGCGCACAUUCCAACAAUUAUCGUUCAAAUUUUUCGGGAUACGGCCCAAGACAGAAUACGCCAUACUCAUCAAACACCGCACAAAGACGUAGUAGCUCAAAUUCGAACGCGCCAGCUAGAGAUUCUUGUAACAAUAUACUAGACGAUAAUUUACUUGUAAGACUGCAUUCGCUACAUGAUACCAAUAAUGUGCAUGUCACAAUGGAAACGGAUCUGCCCAAUUUAGAGGAACCAGUGCUAAAUUUAUCGGAAGUAAUAAAUGGUAGUGCCAAUACCAUUGCUGGUUCAAUCACUGAUACUCACAAUACUCCAGUACCGACUAAACGAUAUAAUACUAUUAAUUUAAGUACAAUUAACACGAAUGGAUCCUAUUUGCAUGACUUCCACGGAGGUUCAUCCCUUAAGCAAACGGAUAAUGUGAAUUUGGGAAAUUCGACAUCAAUCAAUGAGACUGAACAGCCUGUAUAUAGUAAUGAAAAUGGUGUGAAUUAUAAUGCAAGCGGUGGAGGUCAUCAAUUGCAUGAGGACUCCAUCGUAGAGAGCGAGGCUGUGGACCAGUCACCCAACAAUGGAGACCAUUCAUCGAAUCAAGAACACCAUGACUACGAUUUGAGUUUCUUUAACGAUUCACUCGAAGUAGAAACGGAGGUGAUUAUAGAUAUAUGUGGAGACGUAGAUGAUACAGUUGGACAAUGUGAGCAGUUAAUCGACCCAAUAUUGCACCCCGCCCCCAAUGAUUUAGACAAAAACGCAGGAUCAGUGCCCGAUAAUGAUUCCAUUCAUGAACAGAAAGAUGGCCAAACAACCGCUAAAGAUUCCGAUGCAGACGAAAGUGAAUCGCUUAGUCAGAUUAUUGAUUAUAUCAAUUCUACGGCUUUAAAUUGUGCACAAGCGUGUGCGACCGCGAUAGUCGCUCCAAAUUCCGUCUCCAUGGAGCAGUUAGAUCAAUCUUUAAUGGACGUGGAUAACAUCACAUCUACAUCUCAGACAAGUGCAAAAGUAGUAAACCAAGGGAGCGAGCGAAUAUUAGCACAUGAAAAAAGCUCUGACAAGCCUGAGCAUGUGCAGAAGCAGUCGACGGCAACCACGCACAGUUCAUGUGAAAAUGUGAAAAAAUUAACAGAAAAAAGUUUUUCUGCUAAACCACCGUGUCGAGUAUCCCAUCGCCGUAAAACGUGUACAACACACGAAGAAGCCAAGAAAGUUGCCGAUCCACCUGUAAAACGGCUCAAAAUGACUGAGGAGCCUGAAUCUAAUGCAAACGACGUAUUUUUGGAUAAAAAAACUUCCCAUAACGGUAGCAAACAUCCAAACAAACCUUCCAAGAUACAUAAACGACGAAAAACGAUUGCAGCAGAAUGGGUGAUUUGUGGUUCCUACCAAAACGCAUCCGAGUUGAAGGAACAUAAUCAAAAAAAGUCUAAUAAACCGCCAAGUGAUGAGUGUGAUCAAAUUACCAUUUACGAUCGACAUGGCGAAUUUGCUUUUGUGUCGAGUGUUGCCAAAUAUGAAUCCCUUUCGUCAGAUCAGGGAAAGGAAAAAGUUGCUCCUGUUAGAAUAGUCAAGCGUAGAAAUACCGUCGCUGUUGAAGACUUUGAACGUGCUAACCGGAAGCACACGACAAAGUCACGGAUCAAAAUCACGAAAGAGAACGACCAUGGAAGUACCAGCCAAGCAAUCGAUGUGGUCGACUCACACAAACAUUUGAAAGAAGACUCUGAAUCAUCAAGUGAAGCCUUACAGAAACAGAUACAGACGCGCAGAAAGUCAAUACCUAUCAGCUUGGUUGCCUCCAAAGAGGUACACGCAUCAAAACAAAGUACAAAACCCAGAGACGUCGGGCGUAGACCGUCAAGCGGCGGUUUGCGCACACAACACGCGCCAAGUGAAGACAGGAAUGGCGCAACCAAAAAGAAAGAACAUUUAAUGGAGCUGCGCGUACAUUUGCCGAAGCUUCCCGACGAAAAUGUAAUGAUACCAUUGAAGGAAUACGUGCCGCCGACUUACGCGAAAUCGUCCAAGAAAGCUCCGUCGCGAAACUCGAAAUUUAUUCAGUUGUUCGGCCCGGACAGUGACGAUGAUAGUAGCAGUCAAUCUAGUAAAAGAUUGAGCAGAAGUAAAUCAAGUAAACGGUCAAUCGUGGAUCGUAUGCCAUGGAAGUUGAAGAAAGUCGAUGAUUAUAUGUUAAACAUGAGCAUAAAACAUGGGCAAGAUUCAACUUGUGACGAUGUAUUUGAGACUGUUGUUGAGUUUAAUGUGGAAGGUAUGGAUAAAUUGGUUGAAGAGGUAGCGAAACGUAACGAGACUAAAAUAGAGUUGAAAACUGCCAUAGUUACUCAAAUGGCUGUGUAUUCGGAUACAGUAAUUGCGAGACAGGACUGCAAUUCUGAUACCGAAAUGGAAAGUAUAAAGGAGAUUAAUAAUCUAAUGCAGUUGCAUUGCCCUAGCAACAAUGCAAUUGACGCGGAGCAGUUAGUCUGUGUUCCCGAUAUACUUCACCAAGAACAGUUUCAGCAACCCCCAGAUGUUGUAAUGGCCUGUAGUUCUGAAGAAGUACAAUCACCUCCCGAACCCGUGCUUCUUGGCAAGCCCGGUCGUGGUCGUGGUCGUGGUCGUGGUCGCAGUCGCGGCCGUGGUAAUAGAAAAAUAACUCCAUUAAGAAAUCCACCGAGCAUGCACGUUCCUUCAUCAUUUGUCUCCCCCACGCGAUCAUCCACACAAGCGGCAAAUGUGCAAGCGAUCACAUAUAUCGAAUUUUGUGAAACACUCUGGGAGUGCAUAUUUUACAACGUGAAAAACUGCGAAAUGCUCGUUAAGCAAACAAACAGCUACAACAAAAUCAAAUCGGUGAAAAUUGAGUUAGCGCUGAAACCUUUUCACCAAACGCGCGAAAAUGAAGUGGAAGAGCUUGCUCGGUUUACGUUAAAUUUCCUGCGGAGGCGCACGAUACAUAACUUCGCAUAUAAGGAAUUUUUGAGAUCAUGUUACAAUUAUGGUGGCAGACGAGGAAUGCGGAUAACACUACCUGCUCUGGUCAAAUUUCUAUUCUCGGUAGUGCAAAAAAUCAAAGAGAUUGAAAAGCAUUUGGAAGGAUUUGUUCUAAAGUUCUGCUCUGAAGUUGAAUCAGAAUAUGAGAAUAGUGUCAGGUGGCUUAAUAUUAGGGAUGAUUUUAUUUUUCCUACAUUUCCACGUUCGCCACCACCGCCCUACGUUAGGGCAAAUUCAGAAGCUGAAGUGACAACUACUCCAGUCAGUGUUGCCAAUGCUUGCUGUCCUGCCGCGAGAUCUUCCUGUUCGCCUGUGAAUGCUUCAUCGACUUCUGUGAUAGUACCUUCUUCUACGGCCAGUGUUUCAUCUCCUCCCAUGCGGUCCUCCCCAAACUGCACGCCCCCCAUUAAUACUUCUACCGUUGAUCUCACCACAACUGAACCUCCGCCCACAACUGCGUUAGUAGUCAAACCGCCCGUGAAGGAUCGGACAACUCAUCGUUUGGGAAAUGCGGUGCUAGCCCUUCGCGAAAUUGAAUUACCCCCACCAGAACCACAAUAUGGCUUCACACUGGUGCAAAGACAUUUAUUAAACCUGCAGAUAUUGCAGUACUGUGAAUUACAUAGUCAACUUUUGGAGAGCACCCGACAGCAGCAGCAACCAAGAGAAUUAUCGCAUUAUUACUCAUCUUCUAGCGGAUUCCCAAGGCGCGCAAUUGGAGAGAAUGGACAGACUUACACUGUACCUCCACUUCCCGGACUCUCUACAAAUCCAUUGAAUCAUAACGCCGAAUUUUAUUCAUCAAAUGCCAAUCCAAAUGUGUCACAAACUUCUCAUACCAAUCCUCUGAUAAAUGACAAUUUUCGAAUUAGACUACCGCUUUUAGUACCUCACAACCAAGUCCAAAUCACGCACGUUACACCUCCGAGUACACCAGAAAUCGUAGCGACCGAAACUCCAGCACCUGUCCUAAAACGAAGCGCCAGUCCGAUCAGCACUGCCGUAGUACCUCCAAGCGCGCCGGUGGUACAGCCCAUCAAAGAGGAAGCCACUCCAACCAAACCAACUGUGAUAAAAACAAAUAAUUCUCCAUCGGCGGAAACGGCAAACCCAAGCGAUUCACGAGACAAUGAGCAAGAUGUGAAACCGGUAGUGGAACCAAUUACGGUUACCUUUGAGGAUGACGAGGUGAUCGAUGUCGAUCGUUGGUUCGUGGAAAAAAUGAAACAGUCCGACUUUAUCGACCUGGACGAUUAUGAUAUGCCUAAUGCAGACCCAGACGAGGAAGACGUAAAGGUGGAGGAACCUGCGCAAAAUUUGAUUGUACAUUCGACCUUACUAGAAGUAGAGAGGAUAUGUAUUUGUUCAAAAAGGGCGACAUUGCUUUGUCUUUGCGGACUAGCGAUCUAUUGCUCUUUGAAAUGCCAGACCGACGAUUGGUGCAAUCACGCCAACAUAUGUGCAUCAACUCGUGAAAGAAAAAAUACCUAAUUCAAAGACAAUCGUUUCCAGUUAUAUAUUAUUUACCAAAUGUUACCUCAGUGCAAUAAAUUGUAUAUUAUGUAAAUAGGUUUAUUUUUUCUAUUAAGAGAUGGACCUUUAAUAUAUAUACCAGUUUGUAUUUAUCAUUUAUUAUGGACUUUUUGUAUGUCUAAAGUAGUUAUGUUUAGAUUAUGUGAUCCAGUAUUAUCUCUGCGUUAAAAGGCAGCUUUUAGUUUUAGGAUACCUACUGUGGCAAUUUAAGUUGUGGAUGCAUUGCUCUUUUAGUUGUAUUU